UCCUCCCCCUGUCUACAAUUGGAAAUGACAGAACUCAGGGAGGAGGAAGGAGCGGCAGAGGUCGGUGCUACUGUGUUCUUCAAACGAGCAACAAGUCUAUUACAGUGAAACUGUGGAUUAGAAAAAUAAAGGCGGAACUACAAGUGGUUGGAUUAUAACUAACAUCUAAUUACAACUUCCCGGUUGGAUUUAGCAGCUGAAGGAGAACGUGGACGACUCAAACAGAGCGAAGGUAUCAUGGCUGCACAGUUUACUGAACUACCCUCCUAGACUUGCCUGACAUAAAGAAAUACAUACCUGAACAUCCCAGGAAUCCAGACAAGCACACAAACUUUUUGAUUCUUGGUGUGUGUGUGUGUGCGUGAGGGAUGACAACAUCCCAUCUGAACGGCCAUGUUGCUGGGGAGGGAGGAGGAGGAGGAGGAGGAGGUGGAGGUGGAGGUGGAGGAGAUGAAGAGCUGAGGGGAGGACAGCAACACCGGGAAAUGGCCGUCGACUGUCCUGGUGAGCUGGGGAGUCGAACACUACCUCUACGACGAUCUGCACAGCUGGAAAGGAUACGGCAGCACCAGGAGGAUCUUCGUCGUCGUAGAGAGGAAGAGGGCCGCCAGCUGGACCUGAACGCCUCGCUCAGACUCAGGAAGCUCUCCCAGCAUCCCCACAUCGGCAUCGACAACCCCACAUUCCUGCAAGACUCAUACACACUGCAGCAGCCAGCACUCGGCAACCAGCACACACACGCACUGCUGGAGUUGGAAGAAUUGUUGCUGUCACUGAAGCAGGUCCGGGGCUGCCUGUCGGACCAGCAGAGUCAGAAUGACAUCGAGCUCAUCCUUGCACUACUAAACAAGUCUGACUUCCAGUCAGCGCUGAAGAUCCAUAAUGCAGUGGCCGCCAGCAUGCAUCGACCCUCUCCUCCAUACCCACACACACACCAGGCACUUCAGCUGGCCAUGGAGGUCAGGAAUCUCAUCCAGCAAAGUCAGAACAAAGAGGGACUCGAACUCCACAGCCUGCUGUCAGACACACACAUCCAGUCUUUGCUCCUGGCGCAUGACAGCAUAGCAGAGAGGGAAAUGCAGCCUGAGCCGCUGCCCACUCAAGGAGAAACACUGACCCAGUGGGGAGGAGAGACUGUCAAGAUAGUUCGCAUAGAGAAGGCCCAAGACAUACCACUGGGGGCGACUGUUCGUAAUGAAAUGGACAGUGUAGUGAUCAGUCGUAUUGUUCGAGGUGGAGCGGCUGAAAGGAGUGGACUUUUAUCUGAAGGAGAUGAAAUACUGGAGAUAAAUGGCAUAGAGAUCAGAGGGAAAGAUGUCAACCAAGUCUUUGAUAUUCUUGCGGACAUGCAUGGCCUCCUGACCUUUGUGCUUAUUCCCAGCACUCAGAGCAAACCUCCCCCUGUCAAAGAGAACGUGAUCCACGUGAAAGCACAUUUUGACUAUGACCCGUCAGAUGACCCCUAUGUGCCAUGCAGAGAGCUGGGCUUGUCCUUCCAGAAAGGAGAUAUUCUCCACAUUAUCAGCCAGUCAGACCCCAACUGGUGGCAGGCCUACAGGGAUGGAGAUGAGGAUAACCAGCCACUAGCUGGACUAGUACCAGGAAAGAGCUUCCAGCAGCAGAGAGAAGCCAUGAAACAGACCAUAGAAGAAGACAAGGAACCUGAGAAAUCUGGGAAGCUGUGGUGUGCAAAGAAAAACAAGAGGAAGAGAAAGAAGCUGCAGUACAACUCUCACAGGAAUGAUGAUGUAGAUAAUGAGGAGAUUCUCACCUAUGAGGAGAUGGCUCUCUACCACCAGCCGGCCAAUAGAAAGCGUCCGAUUGCACUUAUUGGUCCAACUGGCUGUGGGCAGGCAGAGCUUAGGCAGAGACUGCUCAACAACCAACCAGAACGGUUCGCUGGAGCUGUACCUCACACCACACGGAGCCGUCGAGAAGGCGAGCUGAGUGGUCGAGAUUACCAUUUUGUGUCUCGUCAGGCCUUUGAGGCAGAACUGGCUGCAGGAAAACUGAUUGAGUCUGGUGAGUUUGAGAAGAAUCUGUAUGGGACGAGCACAGACUCAGUGAGGCAGGUCAUCAACACUGGAAAAAUCUGCGUGCUGUGUCUGCACACACAGGCUCUGAAGGUGCUGAGAAGUUCAGACUUGAAGCCUUACAUCAUCUUCAUAGCGCCGCCCUCCCAGGAAAGACUUCGAGCCCUAUUGGCUAAAGACAACAAGAACCCCAAGCCCGAGGAUCUACGAGAUAUCAUCGAGAAAGCCCGGGAGAUGGAGCAGAGCUGCGGUCACCUGUUUGACGCCAUCAUCGUGAACACAGACCAGGACAAAGCUUACAACGAGCUGCUACGACUCAUCAACAAACUGGACACUGAACCCCAGUGGGUGCCCUGCUCCUGGCUGCGCUGAAAACACACACAUAUUCACACACCACCUAUAGAGUAGGUAAUGGAGUACACAUUUCUAGAUAUUUAACAACAUGGGAGCUGAAAUGCUUUGAGUUACAGCAGAGUAUUAGGGUUACUGUUAAGAGGAAAUCAGUCUGAGAUUUUGAGGAUCAAAUUUUUACGAGAUUAAGUCAUCAAUUUAAACAAGAUAACAUCCAGAUAUAUGCAUAAAGUGGUAGUUUUACAAUAUAGGGUCAUAAUAUUAUCAGAUAAUUUGGAAAUGAAAUUAUGAAACAACCAUAAUAUCACAAGAUAACUUAAUUUUAUGAGGAAAGGUUUUAAUGUUAUGAGAUAAUAUUUUUUAUUUUACAAGAAAAAAGUCUUACUAUUGUAAGAAUUUUACUUGGAAAAAUUCAGAAAGAUUUGCCCAUAAAGUUGUGGUUUCAUUCGAUUUCAUAAAAGUCAUAAUAUUACAGCAGAAAGGUUGAUUUUUUUUAUGUUAGGAUAAAACUUUGCAUAUGGAUGCUUUAGUGUAUCCUGGCUGACUUUAUAUUCAGUUUUAAAUGGGUUUGGAGACUUUGGACUGCACAGUCACUUCUAUGACAGAUGAGCUUAGUUACUACGUUAUUGUCAAAGUCAUUCAUAUCAUUUCAAGACUGUCCCAAAGCUGACUGCAUGUCCUCCAUAUCACCGUGCUCACUUGUAAAUACUGACUCCUUUCAGAUGUCUGCUAACGGCUGCCUAAAGUCUUGCAAUUUUACAUCUUCUCUCAACUUACCGACUUGAAAUUUUUUUGUAAAAUUACAUUAUCUCAUAACAUUCUAACGUAUCUCGUGACAUUUUAUUCAUGAAAUGACAUUUUACUCCUCGUAAUGCUGUGACUUACAUGUCAGAAUACACAUUUUGCUCUUAAAUAACUUCAUUCUUAUAAUUUUUGAAUGUUUCUCAUAAGUUACAUUAUACAUCACUUUAUUGUCACAGACAGAAAGCGAAGGGAAUUUUCUCCUUGCUGUACUUCAGUAAGUUUGAUCGCGGGCCCAUUUGUGUCAGUUCACCCCAAACAGCCAGAAUACUUUACUGUACACCAGCUGUAAGCCUGUGGGCAACAGACGAGUGUGUGUGUGUGUGUGUGUGUGUGUGUGUGUGAGUGGUUCUCUUUGUCUUUCCCCUCUGUCCUUUCUGUACAUUCAUGGAGGAAGGUGAAGUGAAGGUGAAAGUGAUUACAGUACAUAAACACCUGACGCACGAAAAAUUUAAUUCACUUUCUGUUUGAACACAACCUUAACAUUACAUUUGUUUUUCUUGAAAUCUCAGAUUUUAAUGUGAUUUUUUUUGGUUUGUUUGUUUUUGUUUUUUUUUUAACUCUAAUGCUCUGUUGUACUGCAGAGAGUAGAUUCUCCACAUACAAUCAGAAUAAUCUAGAAUGUAUUGACCUGAUGGCACUGGACUCCUGAAAGAGAGGAAACGUUUCUUUGAUACAUCAGGUAGAUUUAUAUGACUCUGAUCUCUUUGUUCGUCAUCACGAUUCUUAGGCCAUCGCAUCAUCACAAUACUUAAAAUAAUGCGCAGUAGUUCUGUCUCAGAGAUGUGGGCCCUCAUUCGUGAUGCGCCCUUUGACUUUAUCCUAUGAUCAUUUCAAACACUAAGAUUAUAGAUACUUAAAUUAUGACAGUUAUUAUAUUAAUCUUUGAACUGCAGUGUCGAGAAUCAACGUAAAAAUUUGAUUUUGUAUUCGAGCUUCUUAAUUUUUUAGGAAAUAAUUCUGGCUUUGAGCACAGAACGUGUUCACAUGAGGCCCCUGGUGAUGAUUUCGUGUCUACAGACUCAAGUCCACACUGAGCCGCGGUGUUUAAUGCGUUGAAGAACGCUCAUUAACACUCAUUUUGUACCUCCGGUACACACUACAAGAGUGCAUUAGAUGCUGACUUUCCUCUAUACUGGGGAGUCUGGCAAUUUAUUGUGUAAAGCUGCAGCCUUCUGAACACCGACUGACUGACUGGUUUCUGACUGACUGACUGGGUAAAAUGUACACUAUUGCAAUAAACGCUAAAAUAAUGGACACAGCACUUGAUAUUUCCUGGCUGACUUUUUUUUCUUCCUGUUUUUUUUUUUUUUUUCGAAUGACGUAUGACCGACCACCUUGUCAGCCAACUUUUUGUCCCUGUUUGAUCACAUUUGAAUAGACUCUGAGCCUGAGGGUGAACGAAAUCCUGAAAGUUGUAGUUUUAGCCGUGUUCCUGAUCAGCACGAUGCUGGAUUUAUUAUGUAAGUAGUGUGUGUGUGAAUGGAUGUAUGAUUGUGUGUGUGCCUGUCUUUAAAGACAGUGAAGUAUUAUUGUGACUCGAAGUAGACCUGACACCGUAUCACUGUUAUCACUGGGUAGAGCAUUUAUAUAUUUGUAAUAUUAAAAAUAGAUUUAUUAAGACCAGAAAGCACCAAUAGGAUUGCAGUUUUUGCCUCCCUGCCAUUGGUCCAUGAGAAAGGAGGAGGGGUGGAGCGAAGUGGAAUUAACUAUAUUGAAUGUAAAGUUUAUUGAUACCACUUCUUGUUUAUCAGACAUCAGUUCUUCCUGAGAAAUUCUACUUUUUUGUAUGAAUAUUCACAAUGAAUAAAUAGACGAUUGAUAGAAAA